GACGGCGAAGAGAAAAGAUUUCUGCAGCUGCGAACAUACGAUCGGCCAUCGAAAGCUUGCGUCUACAUUUGUGAAGCGAUGAGCCUCGCCAUGUGGUUCACAGCUCACGUUGAGCAAUUGAAGAUACGAUGAGUAACGCAACGGCUCUGACAGGGGCGUUUCCGCCCCCGCCUGGCGUCACACCGAAUUUCGAGAACCCAAGGGACGCCGGGUGGAUGUGGAAUGUCGUGGGAAUGAGUGUCCUGGCAGCGAUUGCGACGCUGUUCUUUGGAAUCAGGACAUAUGUGAAGUUCGCCAUGGCGAGACCGUUUCUUCCAGACGAUUGGACUUGCGCUGUAUCAUAUGCUUCGAUAAUGAUAUACGUUUCUACUGUGUUCGUGAUGGCACACUAUGGCGAGGGCUAUCAUGCGUGGGAGCUCACGAAAGAAUCGUAUCAAGAAGUGAUGAAAUGGCUGUACGCCAGCUCCAUUAUCUACUGUCCGGCAGCGUACUUUACGAAGGUCACUUUACUCUUACUCGAAGCACGAGUCUUUGCCGUGCACGAGCGAGUUUCACGCGGGAUCAAAGUCUUCAUCAUCACCCUACUCAUCUGCUAUAUCCCAAUUCAGAUACUCAAGACUGUAAUCUGCUUGCCGGUGUCAGCCUUCUGGAACCCCAAGACACCAAAUCCGAGAUGCUUGAAUCAACGCAAAAUUUUCAUUGCGGAUCUGAGUCUGGCCAUCAUCACAGACUUCUUCAUCCUCGUGCUCCCGGUGCCAUUGUUAUGGGGGUUGCGUAUGCCUUUGCGGAAGAAGCUGAAAGUUGCCGCGCUCCUUGGAGCUGGAGGUAUCGCGACAGCUGUGACUGUCUAUCGCAUGUAUCUCGUCGUUCAGUUCCUCACUUCGACAGAUGUCACAGCGGACUUUGUUGUUUUGGACCUUAUCACGGCACUCGAACUUGUCAUUGGCGUCGUUUGUGCUUGUUUACCCUCGACCAACCUCCUCUACGAACGGGUACGAAAGGGAGAAGGAAAGCAGAUGGGUCACCUGCCGCGAACUAUAGGUGAUCUCAAGAAAGGGAGCAGUUCAAGCUCAUCUUACUGGCGCAGUAUAUUGCCGAAUAAGCAACUGAAAAUUACGCGCACAGCUGCUACUGUAGCAGAACGUACUGCAAUAGGUCAAACGGGCCCCGCCAACUUCGAUACCGAACUUGCGGUCCUCACUGGUCAACCAAUGGGAAUGAGGCCAUUGACGGAUGACACAGCCAGGAAAUCGGAGCAGACUGCCGAAGACUGGACGUACAACCCAAGAGCAAAUUCAAUAGACGGGAGGAGGGAAGGAUGGCUGGCACAGGGUGGCGAGAGCUCAGCACCAGGGUGUUCAGGGGACAGGGUACCCAACUGGCACAAUCACAAUAUGGAGGCCAGAAAGUCUUGGGAAGCUGUGUGGGAGAAGGCAAUACCUCCGGAGGGGCUAUCCUCGAUACCUGAAGAUGACGGCCCUCCCCGACUGCAGCUAGCAGCACAUCCACCACCAGACUGGGAGCACCUGACAAAGUAGACGUGCAGAAGCGAUUCUAUGGAUUACUGCGAAAGAUACCCCCAUUCUUAAUAAGGAAGGACAUAACGCAUCACGGUCGACCUGAUGGGGUGCGUAGGAGAGCCACGGAUGUGUAACGAAAUUCGGAGGGCGAUUGUGUAAUGAGUAGAGUGCAUAAAGCCUAGAGGCAGUGCCCGCAUCCCACGAUGCAAACUGAAGGGAGAAUAAUUACUACACAAAUGAUGC